AUGCCACAGGACCCCGGCCCUCCCUCAGCCUUGGGGUGCGAGCCUCAAAGAGUGGAAGGAGGCUCCAAACCUCUGUCCUCUGCUGGGGAUGGCGACACCUCUGUUCAGACCAGGAAGGAGUCUCCCAGGAGGAGGAGCCGGGAGUGGCCUGCCUUGUCUGGGACCUGGUCCUGGCAACCAUUUCCGGGGACCCAGUGGGUCCAUGCCUUCCACGCGGAAAGUUACGGCACAGACCAGGCACGCCUGCCCGACAUGUACGUGACAUCCAGAGCUGGGGGCCGGCACGGUGACGGUGACCUCGCACAACUCCUUGGUGUGCACUCGUCCAGCAAGCGUUUGUGGCGGAGGCCACCAAGGCCUGCUGACAUGGAUGCCGGGAAAAAGGGGCUUCCCCAAGAGUCUCGCUUCUCAGCCCAACCGCCGUACGUGGGCAGGUGGCUGAGCCUCUUCUUCCUCACCUGUGCUGUCUACCUCCUUCUGUGGACCCCCGAGGCCCCACCGUCCUGGGUCGGCGCCCUGGUCAAGUGCCUGCCUGUCCUCUGCCUGGUGGUGCUCCUGCGGGCCGUGCGCUCCAGUGCGCUCCUGCAGGGGGGCCUCCUGUGCUCGGCCGUGGGGGACGCCUUCCUCCUCUGGCCCGCGACCUUCCUCUACGGCGUGGCCGCCUUUGCUGUGGCCCACUUGCUCUACAUCCGGGCCUUCGGCCUCACUCCCCUGCGGCCAGGCCUCCUGCUGCCCAUCGUGCUGGCCUCGGUGCCGUACUGCGGCCUCCUGCUGCUGCACCUCUCACCCGGCAUGGUGCCGCCCCUGACGGCCUACGCCCUGGCCCUGGCCACCAUGCUGUGGCGUGGCCUGGCCAGAGGUGGGAGCGCCAGCUGGGGCGCCCUGCUCUUCACGCUCUCCGAUGCUGUGCUGGCCUGGGACACAUUCGUCCAGCCCCUGCCCCACGCCCGCAUGGUGGUCAUGGCCACCUACUACUCCGCCCAGGUCCUCAUCGCCUUGUCGGCCUUCCAGAGCCCUGGGCUCCAGACCAACUGACCAGGGGCCGAGGCGGGCGGGUGUCUGCCCCUUCCCCUCCUGCAAGGACCUGGGCCUCCCAGACCUGCCCCCCUGGCCUGCCUGAGAAACAUCCCCGGGGGCGGAAGCCAGGCUCCCCGGCCUCCUGUCUGCAGGCGCUGGUCCUCUGGAGAUGUGUGGGAGCUGUUCGCACAACUCCGAAUCCACCGCCAAGUUCCCGCCACCUCCCCGCCGUCCUGACUCCAGGCCCCCACCCAGACCCGCGCUGUGCCCUCCCGCCACCUGCCCUCUUCCCUCUGGCCCUAAGCUUUUUUGUUGCCUGAGUAAAGUGGACUUUGAAACUACGACAUCUCCGUUAUUUUGAGUGGGGUGUUGGGGGAGGGGUGAUCACAAUAAUAACAACAAACAGUUCUUUUUUUUCUGCAACAAAAUUUACCGUUGUAACCAUUUUUAAGUACGAUUCAGUGACGUUAAGGAUAUUGACAGUGUCGUGCACUGCAUCUUUUUUUAUUCUCGUGGUAAGAGCACUUACUGUGAGGUGUAUCCUCGUAGCACAUUUGUACGUGUCCAGUGCGGUAUUGUUAGCUAUGCACACAGCAGACUCCCCGUGAGCAGGCCUCGUGCCCGGGGCUGGUGGGACAUGGAAUCCACCCCUGCCCCGGGCCCUGUGUGGGGACCAGCAGGGCUUCACUGUGCCCGUUGUACAGAUGAGUUUACAGAUCUGAGGCUGAGAGGAGGCUGGUCGGUAUGUUAGUUUCCUACAGCUGCUGUCACAAACUGCUGCCAACUGGGCGGCUUAAAACAACAGAAGUUCAGUCUCUCCCAGGUCUGGAGGCCAGACGUCCAAAAUAAGGGCGGCAUCAGGGCUGCUGCUUCCAAGACUCAAGGGGACGAUCCUUCCCGCCUCUGCCAGCCCCUGGUGGCCCUGGCCAUCCCUGGUGUUCCUUGAUCUCUGCCUCCAUCCUCACAGGGCAUUCUCCCUCUGGCUCUGUCGUCCCAAAGGACACCAGUCGUGGCAUUUAGUCCCACCCUAAAUCCAGGGUGAUCACAUGUUGAGAUCCUUAAUUACAUCUGCAAAGACUGUUUCUCAAGAACAUUACAUCCAUAGGUACUGGGGCUUGGGACUUGGACUCAUCUCUGUGGGGGACACAGUUCAACCCACUAGAGUCACAUAGAGUAUCAGCAGAGGAGAGGUUGAGGUGAGGAGACUCGAAGAUGAGGGGACCUUGGAGGAAGGAGUGGGUAAUAACAGAGUGGGAACGGAGUACUAAGGAAGGAAGAACCCAGGUGUGGCCCUCGUGCUGGCUGUGACCUUGGCAGCCCACUGCCCCUCUCAGCCUCAGGUUCUGCAUCUGAGAACAUGAAGUGGUCAGAGCUGCUCUCCAAACCCUAGUCGACUUCUGCAUCUGUGAUGUGUUUUUAGGGACUCUUAUGGCAGAGAGGAGACUUGUACCUCCAUGAUGUACAUUUACGUACUCUUACAGCAGAGAGGAGACUUCUGUGUCCAUGAUGUACUUCAAGGGACUCUUAGGAGACUUUCUACAUCCAUUAUGUGCUUUUAGGGACCCACAGAACCCAGUCCUGCUUUUUAGUCCCUACCUCACCUUCAGGCAAGUGUGCCUGCUCACCAUACAGGAAGGCCUAGGGCCAGAUGAGGCAAGCAUGCUGUGGUGUGACCUGCU